GUCUGUCUGUCUGUCUGUCUGUGUGACGGCUGCAGUAUUUGUACGCCUUCAACAUAAUCCCCAUGAAGACCAUGGAUCCAUCGGAGCUGGUGAAGCAGCCGCAGGAUGUGACCGAAAACCCCUACAGAUGCCCCACGAAAGACAAGACGGACAAACUGAAGACGGGCUUCAGCACCACCGAGGAGGAGGAGGAGCCAGGCCAGCAGUUCUUCUUCGACCUGAGCAAGAAGCAGGGCGGCGGUGGUUUCCGGGGUCGCGGCAGGAAGAGACAAUCGGACGGAGACGGACGAGGACGAGACCAGCAACGUGACGGAGGAGACGAGCGUCACCAGGGACAUCCCAAGCAGCCCCGCAGGCCCCCCCAGGCCUCGGGUCCCUGCUGGUUCUGUCUGGCCAGUCCUCAGGUGGAGAAACACCUCGUCAUCAGCAUAGGAACACACUGCUACCUGGCCCUGGCUAAAGGCUCCUGACCCCCACCACAGGCGUUGACCUGCCCAGCGGCCAUGACCGUCCGUGGGGUGAGCUGUGCUCGAGGGGG